AUGGAUGGCAAAACUCAUCGAAUUUUGGAUCCCUCGAGUACAAGGCCUCGUCUGGAAGCUGUUCGAGAGCAAGCUGGAGCAGGCAAGCCCCCACGACAUCGCGAUACGGAAGAACGAACGUCUCCGAAACGGAACCGAUUAAACGACGAUCACCAGACGGAACCAACGCGACCGCGGCGCAAAAGUGACCGGCUGACUUCCCCCUCAACGAGCAAAUCCGGAAAUCUCCUAGACAUCAGACCGCUCGACCAGACGACACCUCCUCGGACGCCGCCCGCCAUGUCCUUCUUCCGCAUCACCCUCCAUCGCUCCGCCAUCGGCCUGCCCAAGAGCACCCGCGGCGUCCUGGACGCCCUCGGCCUGCAUCGCCGCUCCCAGACUGUCUUCCACCCCGUCAGCCCCCAGUUCGCGGGUAUGAUCCUCAAGGUUAAGGAGCUCGUCCGCGUCGAGGAGGUCGACCGCGCCAUGUCCCAGACAGAGCUGCGCGAGCUGCGGAGGCCCGACCCCGGGUUCUACGUUGAGAAGGCCGUUGCGCGGUGAGAUUGCCCUCAC